AUGGCGGACCCAUUUUCCAUCGUCACAGGCUGCGUAGGCCUCAUAACCGCAGCGGGAGCGACAAUCAAGGCCAUAACGUCCUUCAUCCGCGAUUGUCGAGCCGCUAGAGGCGACCUCACGAGUGUCGCACGCGAGUUGGCCGACCUCCAACUCAUACUCGAGCUACUAAAGGACGACGGUCAGGGCGAUGCGCUGCCGAGUUCGUUCCAGGCGCAGAUCGACCGGAUCGUCAAGAGAUGUAACAGCGUCGUAAGGGAUAUCAAGAACGUAUUGAAGCGAUGCAAAGCGCCGUCCGGGGCUAUUGCAUGGGCUACUAAAGAGAAAAAGGAGGUCGAGGCUUUGACGAGAGAGUUGACAACAUACCGUGAGUCGCUAAGCUUGACUGUCGAGACGAUCACGUUAUUUGUUGCUAGAAGCAUCAAAGCAGACACUGAAGCCAUUCGAAACCGAACGCAGUUCAUCCCGAGCAUCAAGGAUAAUACGGAGAAGAUACUGGAAGAAAUUCAACGGCUUCGAGUCUCACAUCAACCAGAAGACAGCAAUACCAAGCGCAAAAACAUUCUUAUCGAAGAGUAUCUCGAAGGUCUUACAGUCUGUGCCCAGUCCUAA